GCCACGGGGCAGGACCCAGUGAAAUUGUUCCUCCUCCUCCUCGUCUCUUCUCGUCCAACUCUGGUACUGGUGGACUUGGCUUCCCCAUCGACCUCCCCAGUGGCCGUUCCUUCUUCCGCAGAUCAACUGGCAGAUUGCCCGAUGGACGCCACCUGAUCGACUUCCUUUGAUAGAGGCCCUUUCAAUUUUACAGAGCGUUUCUGCUGUGAUAAAGAUUACACAUUUAAGAACAUCUCGAGGACCCAAAACCUCACUGAACCAUGAAUGUUUGCGAGAAUAUUCGGAGCUACGAGAAGUUCCCCACAUUUUUCAAAGUUUAUCUUCUGGAGCAUAGCUCUGAAAGAAUGAAAAUACCGAAUGCUUUUAUUGCGCGCAUAGGCCUAGUUUUGCCAGAAAAGGUGAUCCUUAGAUUUCCCCCUGGGAGAACUUGGCAUGUGAAGGUGAUCGAAGUGGAGAAUGAAUUUUUUUUUGGGAAGGGUUGGAAGGAAUUUGUCAAGGAUAACAAUGUUGAGCAUGAAGACUUUUUAUUUUUCAAAUAUAAUGGAAGAAAUAUGUUUGAUUUCAAAUUAUUUGGGAAAUCUGGAACUGAGAAGCUCGAGAGGGAUGAAGUGGAGGAGAUGGUGAUAGAAGAAGAGGAGAAGGAGGAAGUGGAAGAGGAAGAUUGUGACGAUGAGAGUGACCAUGAUUAUGAUUACAAUGAAGAAGAAGAAGAAGACACUGAAGAAGAAAAAGUAGAGAUGGAAGAGGAAGAGGACAAUGAAGAAGAAGAAGCAAAAUCUUCCAGAAAGAGAAGCAAGGAAAUGAUUGGCGAAUUUAAAGCCCAUAUUGGUUUGAAUUCAGGCGCUGGCUUUAGAGAGAACACUACUGUCAAAACUGAAGAAAUUGAUGAAUCUGAACCUGAACUGGAAGGCUAUGCUCACCUCAGGAAUCCCUACUUCGUCACAAAAGUGAGGAUGUGGAAUGAAAAUUUAUUGCUUGUCCCUCAUGAUUGGAUGAGAAAACAUAAGAUUACACUCCGGGGGAAGGUAACUUAUCUCGGUCCACAAGGGAGGCAACGGUCUGGAACAGUUGUUGAGUGGACAGAUGGUCGAAGAUGGAUUAAUGGGUGGGGAGAUUUCUGCAAAGCAAACAACAUAAGAUUAAAUGAUUCUUGCAUCUGUGAAUUACUGCCAGAGCAAAGGGGUAAUGUCUUGCGGGUUCACAUUGUUCAGAAUUGAUCCCUACCUUUGCUCAAAGUUUCCACACUUACUGUAUAUUCAAAAUUCAAUCUUUCUCCUUAGGAUGGCAAGGAUGUUUCCUUGUCAUCUGCAAAAGCUGUUAGGUGUAAUCUGCAACAGUUAUAAUCCUACUUUGUAGGAUUAGGCCAAAUAUAUGUCAACUUCUAUUCUAGUGGAUGAACCUUAGCAGCAAACCUACUGUGAUGACCUUUGAUGUAACACACAUUUUCCAAGUUAAUUCUGAGUAUGAUUUUCAUGUGGGGUUA